AUGGGCGGUUUAUCAUAUCGGUCCUCAUCUCCUCCGACGCCCUCUAUCGCCCCUCAGGUCUUCGAAGAGGAGGAUCCUGUACCCCUCCUGUUCCUCGACGACGACCUUAGUGAUUUGUCGGCAGGUAUAGAUUCGUCCUCUCCUCCAGGAAGCCCCGCUUUCAACUCGGAUGAUAAUAUGGGCCAAUACAUGUCGAUCACUUCAUUCCCGCCCUUAAAUAUAGGCAUGUCCGCCUUUUCGACACGCAAGAAGGCAUCACCAAAGACAGCUAUGAAAUCCUCAUCCGCCCUAGCGAAGUCCUCAGGAUCUACCAACAGCACUGGUGGCAAGCUCAAGAAGAUUGUACGCUUCUUAGAACAAGUCGAGUUUGUGCCCUCUUCGGGCCCGUCUUUCACGCCUCAUUAUACAUAUGAUGAUGAAGAGGACGAUGCCGGUUUUCGCCAGUCCAACAAGAAGCAGCGUACACGAUCACCUACCAACGACUAUGACAACAUCCGAGACGAUCCAGCCAUAAACUCAGGUUUAGGCCGAGCCGGAUCUCCAAACAGGUCGCCAAACCGCUCUCCUAAUGGCUCAUCAAAGCAUCUCCCGAUGCCCGUGAUUGAGGUAGACAACGACUACCUCUCGCCACCACAAGAGUACUAUUUUUCGUACUCUCCUCCCUCACCACCACCCUCGUGGCGCAUCCCACCCUCAAGCCUUAUCGGGAGACAACCACAUGUACAGGAGCCACCACGAGUGCGCUCACCACGUCAAGAGGGCGAAGAGAUUGAUCUGAUGGCUCAUGGCGACAAGCCGGCGCGAGACAGUGGGAUCUACAUGGACUACUCGGAUGAUUCAGACUCGGAACAUCACAAUGGACAGCUUCUGUCGCCGCCGUCAUCGCCGCAUCCACCAACUAUUCAUCCUGUUAUUGCGAGGAAGAUGUGGCCACAUGGAGAGAUCAGGUUUGAGGACCAGUGGGGGAGACGAUUGGUUCCUGCAGGUCAUAAGGAUAGCUUCAGGUUUGACCUGUGGCCAGUGGAGGAGGAUGUUAAUGGAGAAGGUGUCGGUGCGAACGCAAAAGGUGCUUGGGUAGGAAGGUUUAGGGGUAUGAGUAGAGAUUAG